GUGGCACAGCGCGGAGCGGACCAUGGAGGGCGCGGGGGCGCCGAACGGCUCCGCGGGCGCCGGGCGGUUCGCGGCGGCGGGGACGGCGGCGCUGGGAGCGCUGAUGGCCCUGCUCAUCGCCGUCACCGUGGCCGGCAACGCGCUGGUGAUGCUGGCCUUCGUGGCGGACUCCAGCCUGCGCACCCAGAACAACUUCUUCCUCCUCAACCUGGCCAUCUCGGAUUUUCUAGUAGGUGCCUUCUGCAUUCCCUUGUACGUGCCCUACGUGCUGACGGGGAAAUGGAUCUUUGGGAGAAGCCUCUGCAAACUCUGGCUGGUAGUUGAUUACCUGCUCUGCACCUCCUCAGUCUUCAACAUCGUGUUGAUUAGCUAUGACAGAUUCCUCUCGGUGACAAGAGCGGUCGCCUACAGAGCCCAGCAAGGCAACACCAAGCGAGCGGUGCUGAAGAUGGUGAUGGUGUGGGUGUUAGCGUUCCUGCUUUAUGGACCUGCCAUUAUCAGCUGGGAGUACAUAUCGGGCCAGAGUAUCAUACCCACUGGGGAAUGCUAUGCUGAAUUUUUCUACAACUGGUAUUUUCUCAUGACAGCCUCUACGCUGGAGUUUUUCACCCCUUUCAUCAGUGUAAUGUUUUUCAACCUGAGCAUUUACCUGAACAUACAGAAGCGUACCAAAAUCCGCCUGGAUAUUUUCCACGAAGUGCACGGCCAGACCUUCACUGAAGAGAUGGAAAUGAGCCCAGAAGCAAAGCUUUGUCUGAAAUGCUGUAAGUGGGAGCAGAAGCAGCCAGCUGAAACCCUCGACCCCUCUAGGAGCAAAGCUCAAGCAGCAGCCUCUGCUGCCAGCCAGGAUGCCAAAGACUUGCUGUCAACAAGCUCUGAGAGCUCUGGGAAACCCAAGUAUUGCAACAAAAAGAGCUGUAAAAAUUUAGCAUCCACUCUGUCCUUAGAGAAACGGAUGAAGAUAGUGUCCCAGAGCAUGACUCAACGCUUCAGGCUGUCUAGAGACAAGAAAGUGGCUAAAUCACUGGCAAUUAUCGUUGGCAUUUUUGGGAUUUGCUGGGCACCAUACACUCUCCUGAUGAUCAUCCGUGCUGGCUGCCACGGCCACUGCAUCUCUGACUACUGGUAUGAGACUUCCUUUUGGCUGCUGUGGAUCAACUCGGCUGUAAACCCUGUCCUAUACCCUCUCUGCCACAACAGCUUCAGAAGAGCUUUUGUUAAACUCCUCUGUCCCAAGAAGCUAAAAGUUCAACCUCAUGAUCCCCUUCAGAACUGCUGGAAGUGAAGUCAGCCCUGUGUGCGGAUGAGAAGAGCCUUAGUUUAAUACACUUUGGUUGUGGAAAAGUCCUUGGAAAAGACUGGGAACACUAGUCUAGGGUAUGUGAGGAAGGCAGCAGCAAGACCACUAUUCAUGCAUUCUCGUCCAUCAACAACAAAAUCACCAGGAAUAGAAGGCUUUUUUUUGACAUUAACCACAGGCAGGGAAAUCUGUGUCCUCCACUUGCAGGUGCCACAGAAGAGCUUUGCUGCCACCUAGUCAGCCAGAGCAGCACCAGCAUUUUCCUAAAACGAGGAAAAAUAAAAACUGAAAAAUAAAAGCUAACAAAAUAAAUACCUAACUUAAACCCACCGGACUAAACUACAGUUUAGUGCUUGCAAACCUGUUUUUUUCCCAUAAAUGUGAGGAUUUUUUUCCUUGCGCUUAAGAUGUUGCAGGUAUGCGACAAUACAAAAAGAAAAGAACAAACCUCAGGAGGAAAACACUUCAUUUGUCAUUUCUGCUACAGUAGCUACAGCCAUAGCCUAGAUGCCCAUUGCAUGCAAUGCAAUAAAUGUCCCUUCCACUCCCCAAAAAGGGGCAAAUCUCUGCCGUAAGGAGUUUACAGGCAGCCUCAGAGGUGCUGAGCAUCCUGAAUCCCGGAUUCCUGCUUCAAAACUGAUCCGGUUUCCUUUGUGUCCAGCCACACAGCAAGCAGGGCUCCCACAGCCCACGGCAGCGCUUCCUUCCUGCCUGGAGCUGGGCAGUGGGAGCUAGCCUGGUCCUUGCAGGAUAUGUGAGCCCUAGCAGAUCCAAAGAAGGAUGGUGGCCCUAUGGGGACGGUGCCAGCUGGACAUUGGCUUCUCCACAGUCUCCCUCACGAUGACCCAAAGGUAUUUUAAGAUCUCUUCUGCAGGAUCUUAAAAAUACUCUUUUGGCAAUGGGCUAGGGAAUGACAAGCACUGGGAGAAGUGAGGCUUGUGCUCUAUUUUUCAGUUAGUUUUGGAUCUCUUAAGUUGAGCAAGAUGCAGAACUCUUGCAUGCUUCCUUUCAAAGUACAUAAUUUGAAUGGAGACCUAGAGCGAGCUGAUCCAGGCAACAUAAUCAUCUAUUUAUUUAUUUAUUAAGCAGUUGACUGAUUCCACAGAUAGAGCACCAGAUUCAAGAGACUUACGCUCUGUCCUCAACCCUAAGGCGAAAUCUUAGGAAUUUUAUCUCUGCUUCCCAUCUUGUGCUACAUCAUACUUGCCUAUUCAGGCUGCAACCUCUUUGGGAACAGAGGUGGCACAGCCAUAGUGCGAAACACUUCAACUCUCCAUCUCUGUUGGCACUGCUUGGUAAUCUAGUAAUAAAAAUACGUAAUUAGUUGCCAUGGCAAAUGCUCAUAUUUAACAGUAUUGUACAUGGAAGGUCAAGAUGAUAAGUCUGAAAAUUGCAGUCACAAAUAGAAACCCAUAUGCUGUAAAGUAAUGCCCAAAAAGCUUAUGAUGUUGUGAUUGCCAAUCACUCGUAGCUGUUGUAAGCAAACUGCUGCUAGGAAUAAAAGAAAAUGCUAUCCAGCUUUAUUCCAGUGACAUCUGUUGAGUAGAUCGAUAUUGACAUCCAAAAUCAGGUUUUAAAUGAUGUCUUGUUUUGUGUAAAUAUUGUCUUGUGACAUGUUCAGUCAGACCAUUGUGUAUGGGUUAAGACAUGCUUUGAAGUACAUGUACUAAAAAUUAACAGUAUGUACUGUUGAGCCUGCUUGUACCUUUCCUUGUGUCUGCUACCUGCUGAAAACCCCAAUAAAGUAUUUUUAU